AUGAUCUUGCCUGGUUCUGUUAGUGGAAGGCAACAACAUAUCAAUGGUAUUAUAGCAACUAUUCCCUGUUUGAAUUCUCCUGACACAAACAUCAGCAUAGUGGUAACUGCCACUCAUUUGUUCCAUGAUAGGGCAGAGAUGAAAAUCCUAGAAACCAACAAGGAAUUGCGCUCCAAGCUGGCAGAGAGCCAACAGCAGUUUGAAGACCUCAAGGAGAAAUUUCUUGUAAGUCAAGCUACUGCCUACUCUCUGGCCAAGCAACUCAACAAAUACAAGUGUGAAGAGGACAAAGACAUCAUAGAUUCUGUGCUGAGGGAUGAAGUGCAGUUCAUAGAGGAGAAGCUGGCAGAGAAGCUCAGGCAAGCUGAGGAGCUCAGGCAGUAUAAAGCCCUGGUUCACUCUCAGGCAAAAGAGCUGACCCAGUUACGGCAGAAGUUACGGGAAGGGAGAGAUGCCUCCCGCUCACUGUAUCAGCAUUUGAAGGCCCUCCUCACUCCUGGUGACCCUGACAAGUCCCAGGGUCAGGAUCUCCGAGUGCAGCUGGCUGAGGGGAACAGGCUGGCAGAGCAUCUUGUCAACAAGCUCAGCCCAGAAAGUGAUGAAGAUGAAGAUGAAGAUGAAGAUGAUACAGAUGAGGAGGUCCAGAAAGUACAGCAAUCACCUGCCCCCAGGGGGUUGCAGAAGACUGAGGAAAAACAAGUCCCUCAGGACUCACUGGAGGAAUGUGCUGUCCCUCGUUCAAACAGCCACGGCGCUUCUGACUUCAACCAGCCUCACAGGAGCGCCAAAGUCACAUUUAAAGGAGACAAAGUCGACCCUGCUCUGCUUGUAGAUAGUGAAUGCUCUCAGGAUGAAGGGGAGGAAACUCCAAACUUUCUCCCAGGGAAUCAAAAGGAUCAUGAGGAAGAGGAAGGGAAAGCUCCAGUGCCCCCCAGAAACCCACAAUCAGUUGAGCCAGGUGAACUGUACAAGCUCAGGGAUUUCCUGAUCUCACCUUAUGUCUGCCUCUUUGGCAUUACCAUUGUUUAUGCUCUGUGUUCUUACUCCAGGCUGAGCCAGGAGCUGCCAGAGGUACAGGAGCAGGAAGUCCCAGAGGACUCCUUGGAUGAAAUUUACUUGACUCCUUCAGUUCAUCGUGACCUGUCUGACUUCCACCAGCCUUAUAGCGGCACCUUGUCCUCAUUGGAUGAUGAGCUCACAUGCUCUGCUCUGGAUGUAGCCUCUCCCAACCAGGAGACCUGCCCCCAAGGGACUUGCCAUGGAGACUUGAGCUACUACCUGUCAGAGUUGCAGGCUUCACAGACACAGCUGGAACCAAGUACCGGGUUGCCAAUUUCUCUGGGACUACAUCUGGAUCAAGGGUUCGACUGUGGUAAUGGCUUAGCCACGUGGGACAUUUCCUCGACCAUCUGCAGCUUCACAGCCAAUGCUCAUUCUGGGACCCAAUGUCCCUUUCAAGGUAGGGAAGGAAAGGGGAUAGGAAGCUGUAAUCCAGAUCUUGGUGGUCUUGGUGCUAUGAGUUGAGGAGAGAAUGGGGCCUCUUCAUGCUCACUCAGGGUCAAGUUGAAAUCCAUGUUGCUCCAACCCAGUGAGGUGAGAACAAGCCUGGGGCUUAGGACAAAAUCUGCUCUCAGGUCGUGGGUUUGCCACUUUCUGUUGGUU